GGGACUGGAACUGAGAGGCGAUUUGGGCAACUUCUUCGGUCGAUACUUGGCUCGUUCAGCGAGUGCCCUGUGUAUCGAUACGUCUGACAUGUUUGGCCUCAACAAUGAGCUGCUGCAAAGCGCCACAGGCUUUGAUCCCGAGGUGCUGAGGCCCGUGCGCUUCAGCAACGGUGAAUGCCGUCACCUCCUCGGCAUGCUGCAGGGUCAGGCCAGUGCCACAGUGCAGGACGCGGCAGCUCUCAGCAUGCUCUCAGCAUGCUCAGUAUUUGGAGCCUCUGGAGUUAAACAAGCCUGUUACUCGCUAGGAGGGUACUGGAUUGCCAUUCGUUAUAGUCAGACACUCACUGAACAGGCACCUCCUGUUCCCUUUUACUAUGGAACUUUUAAGCGUGACCUGACAAGCUGGAAGAAGUUCAGCGCGCUGGCUCACUGUGGUCCUCUAAAAAUGCACUGCAAGAGUUGUGCGUUGGUCACCAGCUCUGGACACCUUCUGGGAAGCAAACAAGGUGACAGAAUUGAUGAGACGGAGUGCGUAAUACGGAUGAAUGAUGCACCUACGCGGGGUUAUGGGAGAGACGUGGGAAACAAAACGAGCCUUCGAGUCAUUGCACACUCCAGUAUCCAGAGGAUUUUGCGCAAUCGCAAUGAACUCUUAAAUAUGAGCCACGGUGCUGUGUUUAUCUUCUGGGGUCCCAGCAGCUACAUGAGAAGAGAUGGCAAAGGCUUGGUGUAUAAUAACCUGCAGCUGAUGAACCAGAUACUGCCUCAGUUAAAAGCAUAUAUGAUUUCUCGCCACAAGAUGCUUCAGUUUGAUGACCUGUUUAAACGGGAAACCGGGAAAGACAGGAAGAUAUCCAACACUUGGCUUAGCACGGGCUGGUUCACAAUGACUAUCGCAUUAGAGCUCUGUGACAGGAUAAAUGUUUAUGGCAUGGUGCCACCGGAUUUCUGCAGGGAUCCUAAUCAUCUUUCAGUACCUUAUCAUUACUACGAACCUUUGGGACCUGAUGAAUGCACAAUGUACAUGUCCCACGAGCGGGGACGAAAGGGCAGUCAUCAUCGCUUCAUCACAGAGAAAAGAGUGUUUGAGAACUGGGCACGGACAUUCAACAUUCACUUCUUCCAGCCAGACUGGAAACCAGAACCGCUCGCUGCAGGUCACCCUGAGGUUCAAGGGGUGGUCUGA